GAGUUCUCGUCUCCGUCUGGCGUUUCCCAAAAUUCUUAUCGAGGAAUUAGAUUAGGAGGGGCAUUAAACAAUUUUUAAACGGUGUUUGACAGAACGUUGUAAAGUCGUUUAAAUGAAAUCACGGAGCACGUAUCGUUGUUUCCGCGACCCUCACCCGCCUCGAGCGGAAUCGCGCGUGUAGAAUUCAAUAAUGGGGCUAAGAUCGAGGAAUUAGGUGAUCGUUCGCUAUGAUGCCUGAGGUGGAUUCGUAGGCAUCGCCCGGCUAGCUGCUACUGCUAAUUCGACGUGGAAGUUAAUUAAAGUCGAUGAUCGGGUCUAAUGGGAAAGCCGCAAGCUCGCGUCGCAGCAGGGGUGUCGCGCAGUUAGCGCUCGAACAGGCUUAAAUGAAGAGCGAUCGACGCGGGGAGAGGUGAUCGAUAGCGAUUGCGAGGAGAGCCGCGCGCGCGCGUGCGUGCGUGUGGGCGGGUGGUGCGUGCGUGUGUGGUACGUCGGGCACACGGGGGCUGGGGUGAUCGUGGCGGUGACACGCGGGGCCAGGGACAGAGAGGAGCAAGAUGAAACUCUUCCCGAUUCUCGUUUUACUGAUCGCGCCGGCCACUCUCUCGCUCUCGAUCAAGACCAAGCUGAAUCCGCGGAUCGUUAAAACGCGGUACGGCGAGUUGCAGGGGGUUGUACGCUCGUUCGAGUACGCCAAGUUCCUUAAGCCAAUCGACGUCUACCUCGGGAUUCCGUACGCCACCCCUCCGGUCGGUGGCAACAGAUUCUCCCCGACCAAGACGCCCAGCCCGUGGGACGGAGUCAGAGUUUCGGACUCGGUGAGUCCGGUGUGUCCCCAAAAGCUGCCCGACAUUUCCAAUGAACAAGAAGCGUUGGAGCGAAUGCCGAAAGGCCGAUUAGAAUACCUGAAGAGGUUGCUGCCGCACCUGCGAAAUCAGAGCGAGGAUUGUCUCUACCUGAACAUCUUCGCGCCAGCAAUGGGCAUGGUGGAUAACGGCAGGAGGCAUCCGGUGUUGCUUUACAUCCAUGGAGAAAGUUACGAUUGGGGUAGCGGAAACCCAUACGACGGCAGCGUGUUGGCCAGCUAUACGGAUCAGGUGAUCGUCACGAUGAACUACCGGCUGGGUGUGCUCGGGUUCCUGAACGCCAAAGUGGCGCCCCAGAUCAAGCCCAGGGUCGCGAAUUACGGGCUGAUGGAUCAGAUCGCUGUACUCCAAUGGGUCAAAGAAAAUAUCGCGCUAUUCGGCGGUGACCCGGACAACGUCACGUUGAUGGGUCAAGGCACCGGCGCGGCCUGCGUUCAUUUCCUCGCCAUCAGCCCCACAGUCCUCCGUGGCUUAUUCAAGAGAGCCAUCCUAUUAUCGGGAAGUGCCCUUUCGUCGUGGGCAGUGGUCGAGGAUCCUGUUUCGUACGCGUUGAAACUGGCCAAGGCCGUCAACUGCUCAAUACCUGAGGAUCUACUCAAGGACAAUGAGCUGAUAGUCGACUGUCUUCGAGAACGGGGUCUCGAGGAGUUGAUGCAGGUCGACAUUCAGCCACCGACGUUCUUAAGCGCUUUCGGACCCAGCGUCGACGGUGUCGUCAUCAAGCCUGACUUUCAAAAAGAUCUGCUCUCCUACAUGGGUCCGGAGUUCCAAGGAUUCGGGCCACUGCCAAAGAAAGCCGAACACGGAGCUCCAAUCACGAGCAACAACAAGUACGAUUUAUUAUUUGGCGUGACGACCAGCGAAGCGCUGUGGAAGUUCGCCGAGAAGGAUGUACAGCAGGGUUUCGAGGGCGAGAGGAGAGACAGGAUCAUCAGGACGUACGUGAGAAACGCGUACGAGUACCACCUGACAGAAAUAUUCUACACGGUGGUGAACGAGUACACGGACUGGGAGCGCACGGUGCAGCACCCGAUAAACACAAAGGACGCCUGCGUUCAGGCGUUGAGCGACGCCCAAUUCGUAGCGCCAUUAGUGCAAGCCGGGGAUUUGUUCACUUUGAGGCACACGAAGGAGCCGAACAACCCGCACAUCGCGCCUGUACCGGAAACUGACAAAGAGCCGAUGCCUAAGACGUAUUUCUACGUGUUCGACUACCAAAUGAAAGAGGGCGACUAUCCACAAAAGAUGGGCUCGGUCCAUGGCGAGGAGCUGCCUUUCGUGUUCGGCGCGCCAUUGGUCGACGGUUUCGGCCACUUCCCAAGAAACUACACCAGGCCUGAAGUGGCACUCUCCGAGAGCAUCGUGCAGUACUUCGCCAACUUCGUGAGAACUGGGUGAGUACAGAUCCCGAUCGAUUCGGGAAGCAUCAGCCCCCUUUUUACCCUUUGCGAACUUCGAAAUAGCUAGCAGAAUUUAAUAACGUUCAUUUAAAUAUUAAACAAUUUUCUUAGCAAUCGAAUGUCUCCAUCAUAAUUCUUAUAAGAUGAAACGUUUCAAAAAAAAAAUCUUCAUAUCGACGUCUUCGAACCACUAUUAAAAUUUUUUUUUUACAGUGUUAGUGCAUUUGAAACAAAUACUUUUGCAGAACAUAGAAAUCAUGAAUUUUCGUCGAAUUGAUAAAAACUGGAAGAGUGCAGAUUUCGAUCGAUUCUCGAAGUACCAACCCCAUUCUUUCUCUUCAUGGACAUCGAAUCAGGAGAAUUUAUGAACGUUCAUUUAAAUACUAAACAAUUUUCUUGGGAAUCGAAUUAUGAGACAUUUGAAAUAAAGGUUUCUAAAAAAAAAUCCUCAUGACGACGUCUUCGAACCUUGAAACAAAUCCAAUACUUUUGCAGUCAGAAUAUAGAAAGCUUGAAUUUUCGUGGAAUUGAUAAGAGCCGACGCGGUAGGUGAAUUUGGCGCAGUUUCUUAGUCUGAGAUAAACCGUAUCGAAGCGAUCGUUUCUUCGGUCUAUUCACCGGCGCGGGCGAAUGGGUGGUGGGAUUCCACGAAGAGUUCAAUUUUCAUCCGAGAACGACGCUCGAUGGAAAACCAAUCCUUUCCCCUUUUG